GAGGCGGUGCGCAGGGGCGGGCGGAGGCGCUGUCCGGCCCUGGCCAGGCGCCGGGCGGGGAGCAUGGGAAGGGGCUAGAGCUGCCCGGGCCCCCCAGCCCCCUCCCCGGGAUCCGCGCCCCCCCCCUCCCGGGAGAGGGGCCGGGCCCCCCGGACGGACAUGGGCUCCUGAAGUUGCGCGGUCGCUGGUCCUGGGAAGAGGCCUGACAGGUAAUUAAAUGUGUGUCUUGUGGACCUGGGCUUGGCUGGAAUGCUCAAGGGUCCUGAAGAUCCUUCUAUAGCUUCCUGCUGUUGAAUUCCAUUAAGAGAAGAUGGCAAAAGUCAACAUAACUAGAGACCUCAUCCGUAGGCAGAUCAAGGAGCGGGGUGCCCUGAGCUUUGAGCGGCACUACCAUGUCACUGACCCCUUUAUCAGGCGGCUGGGCCUGGAAGCAGAGCUACAGGGUCACUCAGGAUGUGUCAACUGUCUGGAGUGGAACGAGAAAGGAGAUUUGCUGGCCUCUGGUUCCGAUGACCAGCACACGAUUGUGUGGGACCCGCUGCACCACAAGAAGCUGCUCUCCAUGCAUACAGGACACACGGCAAAUAUCUUCUCUGUCAAGUUCCUGCCUCAUGCUGGGGACCGCAUCUUGAUCACGGGGGCAGCCGACUCCAAAGUGCAUGUCCACGACCUGACAGUAAAGGAAACGAUCCACAUGUUUGGAGACCAUACAAACCGGGUGAAACGCAUCGCCACAGCGCCCAUGUGGCCCAACACAUUCUGGAGUGCUGCUGAGGACGGGCUUAUCCGCCAGUAUGACCUUCGGGAGAACAGCAAACACUCGGAGGUGCUGAUUGACCUGACAGAGUACUGUGGCCAGCUGGUGGAGGCCAAGUGCCUCACCGUCAACCCCCAGGACAACAACUGCCUGGCAGUAGGGGCCAGUGGGCCCUUUGUGAGGCUCUAUGACAUUCGCAUGAUUCAUAACCACAGGAAGAGCAUGAAGCAGAGCCCUUCGGCAGGUGUCCACACCUUCUGUGACCGGCAGAAGCCCCUUCCGGAUGGUGCCGCCCAGUAUUACGUAGCAGGUCACCUGCCCGUGAAGCUGCCUGAUUACAACAACCGUCUGAGAGUGUUGGUUGCCACCUAUGUGACCUUCAGCCCCAAUGGCACAGAGCUGCUGGUCAACAUGGGAGGGGAGCAGGUCUAUUUGUUUGACCUGACUUACAAGCAGCGGCCGUACACCUUUCUCUUGCCUAGAAAAUGCCACUCCUCAGGGGAAGUUCAGAACGGCAAGAUGUCCACCAAUGGUGUAUCCAACGGCGUGUCCAAUGGCCUGCACCUUCAUAGCAAUGGCUUCCGCCUGCCGGAGAGUAGGGAACAUGUCAGUCCCCAGGUAGAGCUGCCCCCAUACUUGGAGCGCGUGAAACAGCAAGCCAACGAGGCCUUUGCCUGCCAGCAGUGGACCCAGGCCAUUCAGCUUUACAGCAAGGCCGUGCAGAGGGCCCCUCACAACGCCAUGCUCUACGGGAACCGAGCUGCUGCCUACAUGAAGCGCAAGUGGGAUGGUGACCACUACGAUGCCCUGAGAGACUGCCUCAAGGCCAUCUCCCUAAACCCGUGCCACCUGAAGGCACACUUCCGCCUGGCCCGCUGCCUCUUUGAGCUCAAGUACGUGGCUGAGGCCCUGGAGUGCCUGGAUGACUUCAAAGGGAAGUUUCCGGAGCAGGCCCACAGCAGCGCUUGUGACGCAUUGGGCCGCGACAUCACGGCAGCCCUCUUCUCCAAAACUGAUGGUGAGGAGAAGAAGGGAGCCGGCGGUGGCGGCGGCGGCCCUGUUCGCCUCCGCAGCACGAGCCGCAAGGACUCCAUCUCGGAGGAUGAGAUGGUGCUGCGGGAGCGAAGCUACGACUACCAGUUCCGCUACUGCGGCCACUGCAACACCACCACGGAUAUCAAGGAGGCCAAUUUCUUUGGCAGCAACGCUCAGUACAUCGUCAGUGGCUCUGACGAUGGCUCCUUCUUCAUCUGGGAAAAGGAGACCACCAACCUGGUCCGCGUGCUCCAAGGAGACGAGUCCAUCGUCAACUGCCUGCAGCCACACCCCAGCUACUGCUUCCUGGCCACCAGCGGCAUUGACCCUGUUGUGCGGCUCUGGAACCCCCGGCCAGAGAGCGAAGACCUCACAGGCCGGGUUGUGGAGGACAUGGAGGGUGCUUCCCAGGCCAACCAGCGGCGCAUGAACGCCGACCCACUGGAGGUGAUGCUGCUCAACAUGGGCUACCGGAUCACAGGCCUGAGCAGUGGGGGUGCGGGGGCCUCUGAUGACGAGGACAGCUCCGAGGGCCAGGUUCAGUGCCGGCCCAGCUAGACCCUCCAAGCUCUGGUCCCCAGCCUCUGCUACUGGCUGGACCCUCCACCAUGGGCAGGAGGUCAGGGGGUUCUGUUUUGGUUUGUCUUCCCCCCACCCAUUUUUUUCAUUUCCCUGUUUUGUUGUUAGUUUGGCAUUGGGGGUGGGGGGUUGCUACAACUCGCUGGCUUUCAGACUUUGGGGCAGAUUGCCCCUUGACUGGCCUCAGCUCUGAGCAGAAGAGCAGGAGGGGAAGCCCCUGCAGACACCACCCACCUCCCAUAUCCCUGGAGGGCUCUAGCCCGCCUCAGGUUGGGAGGCAAGGGCCAAAGCUGUCUUCAAGGACUGCCCUACACUUCAGUUGGCGGCAGGAAGGGGAGUGGAAUUCCAGUCCGUAAGGGCUAGCCUUGACCUGUUGCCACUCUUGCUCCUACGGGCAAGGCUAGCUCCUCUGUGGCUUCAGGGAAGGUUCUGAAAAAGGAUGGGGUCCCACCCUCCCUCCAGAGCCACCAUGUCAGGGUGGAAGCCGAAGGAAGGUGGGAGUCCUACAGUAGGCAAGGCCAGGCCCCUGCCUGGGCAGGAGAGUGUCCUCGCCCUUCUCCCAGUGUUGGCUCCAGACCCUGCGCCUGCGCUCACUGGCCACCUCUGGGGGCUUAGCCUUUCCCAAGGGCCCUGGCAGAGGGUGGGGCACCACGCCAUAGCCUUCUGCACUGCACUAUGACCACUCCCACUGCCCUUUCUGGGGGCUCCUUGGCCUCACUGUGACCUUUCUGCCAGAGCUCCCAGCCAGGCCCACUCUGCUGAGGUGGCACUCCCUGCUAAGGGUCCUUUCUGCCCUUCCUCCCACCCCACAUGCUGAGCCGCCACAAAGACCAAAGAAGUGAUGGCUUUUCUCUGUCCCCCUGCUGCUCUGGGGGGAGGGGGGUGGGUCUCCUGAGCCACUCAGAUGGGAAAAUCCCUAACUUGGCCCCCUCCCUCCUCAGCAGCCCCAAGCUUAACACUGGACAGCAGUCACCCCACCACUCACCAAGCCGCUCUCUGCCCCCUUGAUUCUCAGCUGGGAGCUGCUCCUGACAGUUGCUCAGCCUUCCUCCCCUUCUCCCUCCUUCUCCCCUCAGUGCUUACUUGGCUCCAGCCCUCCAGCUGCAGCCUCUGGGGAGCAGCAGCCUCCCUUCUUCCCUCCCUCCGUCCUUCCCUCCUUCCGCCUGGUCUCUGCCAGGUGCCUCCUCUCAGUCAGGCUUCCGAGCAGCCCUGGAGACAGGAGGGCCAUGUUAAAAGCUUUUUCACAGUUUUAAGAAGACGGCGGGUGAGGAUAGUGGUGGGGGGUCUGGCACCAUCUCGUCAUUGCUUUAAUCCCAGCAACACAGGUGGCAGCUUCUCCCCCCUCCUCCCCACCCAGUCCCUCUCCCACCCCUCUCUUCUAGCUUGGUAAUGAAGUAUAUUUAUUGGUGAAGGAAACAGCUGCUGCUGCUUUUCCUGCUGCUGGGACUUGCUCCCCUGUCUCUUCUCCAUGACCUUUCUCGAGCCAGGGAGGGGAAAGCAGGAGUACUGGGGCUGGGCCCUGGGGCCCAAGGACCAGCAGGGGCCCCUUUUGCUUUCCUGUGUUCGAGCCACCUGCCAUUUCCUCUCUGCCUCCUGCCCGCCCGUCCUGUGUCCCCCAUCUGUCCCCCCCCCCCCGCGCCUGCCCAGCCUGGGCCCUGCAGUGUGGAGAGACACAUAAGCCUUACUGUCCUCUGGGGGCAGGAGCCGAGCCUUUUUGUUGCUCCGCUCCCAGGAGAGUGAGGGUGACGCAAUUGAUUAAAACCAUUUUGUUCUAGGUGUGGCUGCUGGCAUUUGUGGGGUGCAAAUGGGUCUUGGAACCAAAGUGAGGGUACCUGAUCCUCACCUCUGUAGCUGUGUGACUUUGAGUAACCACACCUCUGCUGGGUAGAAUGAGGCCUGCCUUGGAGGAUCCCUGUGAGCAGUGGCCUCCCAGCACAGCGAGGCUGAGUGCAGCAGCGCCUGGCCCCGGUGGCUGUGAAUUGCAGUAAUCAGCUUUCACUCUCCAAGCUGUUUUCUCAUCUCUAAAACAAGGAGGUUGAAGUCUUAGUGGCUUUUCAAACUUCUAAAAUCAACCCAAACAAGAAAUACACAUUUUACAUUGUGAUCCAAGAUACCCAUGCUUAUUUGUGUGUAUAUAAUGAACAUAAGCUUUACACAAUAAUAUUUACCGUUGCUACAUG